UAAAACCGGAAAACUCUACUUGAAAGAUGGAUAGGAAACUGUCAACUUUCAUAACUAGACAAUAGUAUAUUUUUUAUAAGAUUUCAUAAUUAGUUCACCGGAAACCAUAAAGUUGUCAGUAUAACAUAUCAUUUUAUAUCGUAAGAGAAGACAAAGAAGAUUAUUUAAGUUGUCAAAAUGGGGAGAACCAUAAAAAGAAAAAAGAUAUGGACUGGUAAUGAUUACGCUCUCAGACAGACAUACCUACAAAGACCUCCGUCUGAACAAUCCGUAAAACAUUUAACACUGGAACGACGGAAAGCAUCAGACAAACCUACUUUUGUGAAGAUAGCUGAAGAAGAAGAAAUUACAGAGGAUCCAAAAAUUGACGAAUCAUCUUACAAAUUAGAGAGUAUUAAGGAAAAUCAUGAUGAUAUUGAUGGUAGAAAGGAAGAAAAGACAAAACCUGUUGCAUGCAUUGAAUGUGUAAAACCCGUAAGGGUUUUUAAAGGAGAAGAAAUAAAUAGAGGGGAUCAUAUCAAAUUUCAUGGACGAAUAUAUGAUCACCAUGCAAUUGUAGUCAAUGUUACAAUUUCAGAGAAGAAAGAUCACAAAGUAGUCGUCGAGUUAGUGAAUGCAUCAAACACAACAGCUGGUGCAGUAUUUGCUUGCAUGACACCGUUUGCAAGCAAAGCGAAACUAUUAAGCGAAACGAAAAAAUUGAAUUUAAAAAAGAUGAAAGUGAUGGUUUAUAAAUAUUCGGACUGGAUCAAUCAUUCUUUCCCCGAAGAAAUAGUAAAUAGAGCAGUCACAGCGAAAUCCAACCCUGAUUUUCAUUACAACUUGUUAAGUAAUAACUGCGAGCAUUUUACAACAUGGUGUGUUACAGGGGAGAAACUUAGCUUGCAAAUACGAAAGAUAAGAAUGAUAGUGCAACUUUUUGCAAAUCGAGGAUUUCAAGGUAUCGGCGACGAAGCUCUUCGAAAUAUAAUUGAGUGUGAAAAAGGAAUGCUCUGUAAACCGUGUUUUGAAAGAAAUCGAAAAUUAUUAAGUGUUGUUAAACAACCGAUCAAAUCAAAAGAUGACGUGAAGAUCGGUGAUAUUAUAACAUACAAACAUUAUAGAUGCUGGCAUUCUGCUGUCAUACUUGACAUUGAAUCACACGAUAGGUCACUAGAGUGUAAAAUAGCUCAUUAUGCAUUUCGUGGUUUUCAUAGAGAUAGAAAAAUUAGGGAGGAAACAUUAAGAAUUAAAUUCGAUGGAAGUGUAAAAGUAACUGACUUCUCUAAUACUGAUUAUACUGUCUAUGAUCCAGAAGAAGUAGUUGAAAGGGCUCGAAGUAAGCUUGGCGAAAAACGUUAUGAUCAUUUUUCAAAUGAUUCAAGUCACUUUUCUCGAUGGUGUAAACUUAAAUUAUACAGAAAUCGAAAUUCAUUGAAAUGAAAAAACAAUACUGUUGCACGACAGACCUAAAGACUCACAAACAAUCUUGACUGUGCACAUUUGCUAUUUAAAUUUGUCAGUAAAACACUGGAUGCAUUAAUAUAUCAUUAAUGAACUUUACAUCCAUUCAAAGAAUUGUAUGCAAUUAUCACAAAUGGUUUUUAAAGGUAUAAAUAUAUUUAAUACGGUUGAUCUUGAAACAUUUUGUUUACCAAUAUAUUAAAAUUGGUUUUUUUUAAAUUUUGUUCAUAGAGGGGAAUAUAAAGAAAUACAAGCAGUUAACAUUGAGUCUCUUAAUAUUACCUCGCCAACCAGUAGCAACUAUUAUCUGUCACACUUGCUGGAUUUUGAUCUACAAUGCUAACUUUGCUAACAAGAAUAAACUGUUAACCCUUGAAUGAGUUUGCCAUUUGAUAAGGGAUUUUCCGUUAUGUAUUUUCAUCGGAGUUUUGUAUCUUUGGUGGUUAUAUUUU